UGUCCCUCGGACACAGCGGAUCACCGAUCCAUGGAAAGAGCCGAAGAUGUCGGCUCGGUCAUGUGAUCAGCUGUGUCCAAUCACAGCUGAUCACAUCGCCACCUGCCAGUGCCCAUCAGUGCCACAUUUCAGUGCCCAUCAGUGCCACAUCAAUGCCACACAUCACUGCCCAUCUGAGCUGCCUUUCAGUGUCACCCAUCAGUGCCAGUCAGUGCCACCUAUCAUGCCAGUCAGUGCCACCUAUCAGUGCCACCUAUCAGUGCUGCCAAUCAGUGCCGCCUAUCAGUGCCAGUCAGUGCCGCCUAUCAGUGUGCAUCAGUGCUGCCUAUCAGUGCCCAUCAGUGCUGCCUAUCAGUGCCGCCUAACAGUGCCAGUCAGUGCCACCUAACAGUGCCAGUCAGUGCUGAUUAUCAGUGCCAGUCAGUGCCCCCUAUCAGUGCCACCUACCAGUGCCGCCUGUCAGUGCCAUAUAUGAGUGCUGCCUUUCAGUGCCCAUCAGUGAUGCCUGUCAAUGCCCAUCAGUGCCACCUACCAGUGUCUCCUCAUCAGUGUCCAUCAGUGCAGCCUAUCAAUGCCCAUCACUGCAGCCUCAUUAGCGCACAUCAGUGAAGGAGAAAAAUCACUUAUUUACAAAAUUUUAUAACAAAAACUAAGAAAAAAAUGUUUUUUUCCAAAAUUUUCAGUGGUUUUUGGUUUGUUUAAAAAAAAAAUAA